AUGAUUAAACUACCCAUCUCCAUUCUCCCCAGUAUGAAUCUCGAGGAAGCCUUUCUGAUGCAACAAUUGGGGGAGGAACUGGAUGAUGAGGAAGACAACAAUUUGCUUGAAGCCACCGGCACUGUGGCUAUGGCUAUUCUUAGUGGCAUUGAACUGUCACGGCAGCUUUGGAGUGAACAGCGCCAUCCAAGCCAUUUGUAUCUGGGUUGGGCCCAACUUCUCAUCAACCCUCAAGUUGGAACUCUGUGGCAGGUUCUCUUUAUCAGCCUACAACAAAUCUUUGCUCUCAUCCCAUCCACAGUCUCACGCUACAUCAAUUUCUCACUUCCUGUCCUUCUCGCCACUCUUCGCAAUAUGGAAGAUGUGAAAAUCAAAUGGUUCAGCCACUUGGAACAAUUCAAAGAGUGCAAUAGACUGAUUGUAGCUCAACAUCCCCAUCUAACUGGUGCCUUUUUCAGUGCUUGUGUUCUCUCCGAAAGCAAAUACCAAUGCUCCUGGGAGUUGGCAUGA